AGCAGGCCCAAAGUUCUUAGUAAACUACAGCCAGGGAGACUCGGACUAGACCGGAGGUAAAAGGUGUUGGUACAGAGCAGGUCUGAUUCUAAGCCUUUUGGGGGCUGAGUUUUUGUGUUUGUUUUGUUGUUAACUUGCUAAAUUUAGAGAUGUAUUACACUGGUCAUGUAAAGAGCAGAGCAGCACCAGCAUCAAAAUAGUGCCAGGCAGUUUUGAAUGCCACAGUAUCUAUAUUUUUAUUCAAGAAGAUAAAGAGCCCAGCAUAGAUUCUGUCCUCAUCUUUACCCAACUGCAAAGUCAAAAGUUAAGAAACAGCAUCUCAGGGCACUUUUUUAGGUGGGAAGGAAUCCAGAGGAUGGCUCUGAAUGACUGUUUGCUUCUGAACUUGGAAGUGGACCAUUUCGUGCACUGCAAUAUUUCUAAUCAUAGUGUGGAGCUCCCCAUGAAUGACGACUGGUUCCACCCCGGGAUCCUCUAUGUCAUCCCUGCAAUUUAUGGAGUCAUCAUUCUGAUAGGCCUCGUUGGCAACAUCACCCUGAUCAAGAUCUUCUGUACUGUGAAGUCCAUGCGAAACGUGCCGAACCUGUUCAUCUCCAGCCUGGCUUUGGGAGACCUGCUCCUCCUGGUAACCUGUGCGCCCGUGGAUGCCAGCAGGUACCUGGCUGACAAAUGGCUGUUUGGCAGGAUUGGCUGCAAACUGAUCCCCUUUAUCCAGCUUACUUCGGUAGGGGUGUCUGUCUUCACACUCACGGCCCUCUCGGCAGACAGGUACAAAGCCAUCGUGCGGCCAAUGGAUAUCCAGGCCUCCCACGCCCUGCUGAAAAUCUGCCUCAAAGCCGCACUGAUCUGGAUUGUCUCCAUGCUGCUGGCCAUCCCAGAGGCCGUGUUUUCUGACCUACAUCCCUUCCAUGAGGAAAGCACCAACCGGACCUUCAUUAGCUGUGCCCCAUACCCACACUCUAAUGAGCUGCACCCCAAAAUCCACUCCAUGGCUUCCUUCCUGGUCUUCUACAUCAUCCCACUGUCGAUCAUCUCUGUUUACUACUAUUUCAUCGCCAGAAAUCUGAUCCAGAGUGCCUACAAUCUCCCCGUGGAAGGGAAUAUACAUGUCAAGAAGCAGAUCGAAUCCAGGAAGCGCCUGGCCAAGACAGUGCUGGUGUUCGUGGGCCUCUUUGCCUUCUGCUGGCUCCCCAACCAUAUCAUCUACCUGUACCGCUCCUACCACUACUCCGAGGUGGACACCUCCAUGCUCCACUUCAUCACCAGCAUCUGCGCCCGCCUUCUGGCCUUCACCAACUCCUGCGUGAACCCUUUUGCCCUCUACCUGCUGAGCAAGAGUUUCAGGAAGCAGUUCAACACCCAGCUCUUCUGCUGCCGGCCUGGCCUGAUGAGCCGGUCUCACAGUGCCGGCAGAAGUACCAGCUGCAUGACUUCCUUCAAGAGCACCAACCCCUCCGCCGCCACCUUCAGCCUCAUCAAUGGAAACAUCUGUCAUGAGGGGUACGUCUAGACUCACCCUUGACCCUGCCCCCCUGGUUUUGUUUUAUGGCUGGUAAGGAGCCCUUGUGUUGCUGGUUGUCUCUAUACCCUCCGAAGACCUUUUGGCAGGCUUGUGAGUGAUCUGGGUGGGUAGAGGAGAGGCCCAAAUGGGUCACUUGGAAGGCCUAUCAUGGCUUGCAUUUUCCAUUUCAACUUGUGGACGCUGCUUCAGAGGUAGAACAAACUUUCCCUUUUUAAGAAAAGGGAACAAAUAGGAAAUCUUUAUUUUAAGCAUUAAACCCGGAUAUACAGAUGUGCUCAACUAAGUCAGAGAAACUGCCUGAGCAACCAGGUUUAUAUAGCAGAGAAGUUGCACACUGACUGCUUUCUGAAAAACUGCCCCUUGCCAUUUCCUUAAGCAGAAGCUAGUGCUUAUGAAUGUGAUUUGAGUCACUUUUCAGGAAUAUUUAUAAUCACAAACCAAGGGACUUAUUUUUACACUUGUAAUGGGAAAAGCCAACCCUCGGAGAGUCCCAUGUAUAAAGGACAGUCCCCAAAUUGAUAACACUGGAAGCCAAUUUCAAACAAAUCCCUGAGUUUCGAUUGUUUUUAAAAGACAUAGCUGAGGAUAUAGGAAAAACACUCACCACAUCAUUUUAAGGCAAAAACACAACCACACACACUGACACAUAUAUCAAGAUCCACGUGUGCCUGUGGAGUGACAGCGUAAGUCAGUGCAGGUCCUUUUUGCUAUUACCCAGUUAUAAUCAUCCAUGGUGCCAUUACCAUAUUAGAGAAAUCCUUUGGCCGGGGGGUGGGUGGGAUUGAUUAUGUUAUUUAUUCAUCAAAAAUUUAUAAAGAUGCAUAAUAAGUAUUUAUUUUAGGCAUAUAGGUUUUCAGCCAACUGUAUUGACGUCUAUUUGGCUGUCCUUGUCUGCUACGCUGAAGAAUGUGAGACGAAAAGGAUCAUAUUGGAGUGGAAAUAGAAACAUGUUUACAUUUAAUGUCUGCUUUAGGUAAAGUCUGUGGCAGGAAAUGAAUUCAAUGUCAGUAAUAUAUGUUUCAGUCUCAGUAUGUGUGAGAAAGUUGUAGGGGUCUCAGGUUUAAGAACUAACUGAAAGACAGAUAUAUAUACAUUAAGUUUCUACUUAUGAAGAGUAUUUAUAAAACAGCCCAUGUACAGGAAAAUACUGGAUUUAAAUCUCCUUUGUUUUCCAACUGAGUAAAAGGAUUUGACUCUCUUACUUUAGAAACCCUGAAUCAACUUUUUCUUUACUCAAGGAUAGGCCAAUUCUGCUAGGUUGCAAAUGUGUUAACCCACUUUCAGAUAAAUCCAAAUUCUGCAAAUGUGACCUCAUGUGUAGCCCUCACACACUAAGACAGUUUUAGUUCCGUUUUUCUCUAUCCAGGUGAGAUAGAAGAGCCAGCUCUCUUUUCCACAUGGCGUAUUUCAUGAGAUUUUUGUUUCAGCUUAGGAGUUGGGACCAAGACUGUUGUCAAGAUCUGUGCCUAUAAUUGUGUUAGCUGGAAUGAACCUCUGCACUUCUGUCUGCCACAUGCACUUAUAUAGUGUACACACCUGCUUUCCUGGCACUCCAUAUUACAUGGGGCCAUUUGAAAAGAAGACAGGUAGUGUAGCUGAAAGAACCAAGAUUUUUAGCUUGAUGUCCCAGCCCUGUCUCUAGUCAUAUAUGUGUGUGUGUGUAUAUAUAGAUAUGAGUAUCAUUUUUUAAAAUCUCUAGAAUGAGAAGACAGUUCCACCUAUUGCUAAGAUCCUCUGAGCCCCAUCAUCUCUAGGUCUGUCUCUAAAGCAUGUAUGUAACCACCUGCCCGCAUUUGUCCCGCCUCUGCCACCUUUGCAACAAUUCCUCUUGAGAAAUCCAAUCCUACGCCAUUCUACACGCAUGUUCACAUUAGUGGAGUGGAAGGAGAUAGAGAAUUCCAUCGCUUGGAAUAAUUUGUAUGAAUGAUGUCCCGUUAGCUUGCUGUAUCUUGUAAUUAGAGCUGAAAGAGACAGUAGAAAACACAUUACUCGAUCUCCUCAUUGUGCAAAGAGUACUCUUCCUGUUCACAGUUCUUCACCCUCCAUGCACCUGUUAUCUUGAACUGCUGCUCACAGUUUUACCCUUAGCUUUCUUCAAAACUCUUGAGUCUAAGUGACUCCAUACCUAGUUAGUUGUUAAAGUGUCUGUUUUCCUAGCAUGACUUGUUCAAGCAUCUCUGAUCUACUUGCUUCCAAAGAUGUUUUGGGAGUAGGACUUAUCUUAAUGCCUCCAGUUAACAUCAUAGGCAUAGACUUUGGCCUCCUUUCUAGCUUCUGAAUAAACAGAAGAUUGAUAUCUAGCUCUAGCUAUGUGUUCUUAGGCAAAUCUUAUCACCUCUUUGAGACUCUUGAAUGAAAAGGUUGGAGGAGGUCUUUGCCAGCCAGUGACCUAUAGGACUGGUCACAUUAUUUUGUGAAUCAACUGAUUGACCCCAGCCUUCUCAGUGGAAUGAACUUAGCCAGGCCCUUCUCUAGAGAAGUCAAAUUUUUAUUUUACCUCCAGAACGUAAAAUCACAGUGUGAGACACCCAAGCCCCCAUGUGGUAUCACGUCUGUGUUAGGGUUAAGCAUGGCAGGGGCUGGAGCUAAGACAUUUCAUGCCUGGCUUCCAAAGAUAAUCACGUUUAGCACUAUGUCUUUGGUGAGGAGGGAAAAAAUCAAUUUUGGCUGUGGAAAACCAUCUGUGUUUAUUCAAUUGACAGACACUACCUUUCAAUCUAUCUUAAAUUGAGCCUCCCCUAGGCAGGCAGCUCAACAGUGAUAGAUUAACCAAUAAACAAAGCAAUCUUCCCACCAAGGGCUGCUGCAGGCAGGGAUUUUCCAGAGCAAGAUGGCCCUCCCUGCCCUGCGCAGACAAGGCCCUGCCUUGUCGUUGACAUGAUGAUUCCCCAUAAAUGUGGAUGGCCAAAUCCUCUUCUUCUAGCUGCCCUCAUGCUCCCCCACUGAACAUGAUCUUCUGCCUCAUUAACAAGCCCUGGAUUUCCCUGCUUUGCUCCACAGUUUGGUUUCCUCUAGAAGGAUGGAGAAACCUUGGAUAAACAAACAGUUUAGAGACUCCUUCGCACAAACCAAGUUCAGCUUGUUAUGAAAAUAUACAUUGAAUAGAAAUAAAUGAACUUACCCACAGGGCCCACUUAAGUUAAAAGUCUUCAUUUGUGCCCAAAGUGGCAGCCAGUUAUUGCUUUUGGAAUCUAUUCAUGUGCCAAGUAGCUUUUGAUAAUAGUGAUUAGCUUUGUUUGGGGACUACAAGAAUGACAUCCUCAAUCUAUGGACUGCUAAAUCAAGAUAGCUAAAUCAUUUUUCCCAGGAGCCAGGUAGAAACAAUGAUCUGGUGAUCUGACUGUAUAAGAGUGGUAUAAUUGUACAAACUCUGUUGUGAUUAGAUGGGGAGGUACAAACUUUCUUGCCAUUUGUGACCUUCACACCCACACCAGGAAGGAGCUGUUAUCACAGAGUAGUUUAGAAUUAACCCUGGGUUGUUGGGCAGAAUGAAACACAUUUGGCCCAUUUGUCUAAUAUUUGACUGAAUUUUCAUAAAAUGGAUUAACAGAUGAAAACAAAGGAAUUAGUCACUCCCCUGGGACCAAACUUUGUGUGAGCUAGUCAAUGAAACCAAGCCCUAACAAACUCUACUUCAUUCUGAAUCUAGAUGGUUAUUUCUCUGAGCCCCCACCUCAACAACCACCUCCUGCCCCACAGGCCCAACACAAACACAGUCGUCAUAUCAAGCAAUCUCUUACCAUGAUUUUGGCCUUCAAAAACACCCAUUUUUAGGUGAGGGCUAAGCAUCAACUCCAGCAGUCAACAGAUUGCACACUGAGAACAAGCUUUUCUCAUGUGAAAGUUGACAUCAGAAAUGCAUUUGGUGGAAUUUAUCUAAAUUUCUAAAAAGUUUCAGAAAUCCUCAGUUGAAGUAUUACAUAUCCACAAUUAAUUAAAAAAAGGCUUUACAGUGACCUGGUGUUCAUGGUCUGUAAAGCACUUUUAUACUCAUUGACUCAUCUUAUCCAAGCCUUUGUUGCUGGCCAGAGAGCUGCUGUACAUCCUUUCCUGUGGAAACUUGUAAAGGACAUUGACUAGUGACCGUCCACUAUUAGAUUAAAAGGCCUAGGGAACUAUGAGGCUGAAGCAUGAACCUGGCUAUUGGACCACACUGAUGUUCAGAAAGGUGAUUUCAUGUGGUUUGAUGUAAUGUGAUCUCAUUCAUUCUCAUGGCCCGUUCUGUGCCUAUUGAAGAACAGCUGAUCAUUGCCACCCAUUUUACAGGACAGUCUCUUGCCCAAGUGAAUCUAUUUAACUUGGCACAAGGGAGUGAGUGGUUUCAUCACUGGUUGCCUCAAGAGAGGCAUACUACUUGGAACAGCAUUCUCCAUCUGAAUGGAGUUCUGCCAUUCUAGAAGUGCUGGAAGGAAGGGGCUCAACUUCCCCGGGCCCCAAGGAUGUGUCACAUGCAGUGCUGAGCACAUUGCUGUUC